AUGCCGGAACAUACACCGGCCCCGACACCAUCGCGGGCAAUCUACGGUUUCGGCUUAUUUUUGCUUUUCAAGACGCUCUUCAUUCUGUACGUCCUGUGGGCGUUUGUUCCGACGCAUGUUUUAGAUGGUUUGGGACUGACCUACCUUCCGGAUAAGUAUUUCGCGCUUUUCCUGCCGAUACUGGUACUGGUGGCGGUGACGUUGUUCGCCUUUCUGGUGUAUCCUUCGCUGUCUCUUGCCAUGAUGCCGGAUGUGGACGAUGUGGCGACCAUCACAGAUAGCUAUGCCAUUGUCCGCUGUCAGUAUCAGUUUCCGGACAGACAGCGCUGCGGGCAGAAGAUCGAUCGACCCUACGGGGACAGUUGGGCGGUUAAACCGUUCUGUUCGCAGCAUUCGAUACGAGUAACGACGGCAAACGAUUUGCGGAGUAACGUAAGGAUUUCCAAUUAUUGCGACUGCCUGGAGGAGGAACAGUGUUUGUUGCGCAAAGAACCGGGCCAUUUGGCGAAACUACGAGCUAAAGCUAUGGUACCGGCGGUUACCGAUUUGAACUUGGCUGAGGUGAGCCGGGUUCUGUAUCGAAAGAAAAGAAGGUAGACUAUAAUCUAUACUUGAGUUAUCUUUUCAUUCUACCGAGUGACUUAUGAAAAUAGCUAAUUGAAUAAAAUUAAGUUUAUUUUUCA